AUGGCAUCCAGCGGCCCCGUUGUCCGCCACGCGCGGCGAGAAGACGUCCCCGCCAUCCUGGACCUGAUCCGCGAGCUGGCCGACUACGAGCACGAGCUGCACAGCGUCGAGGCCACCGAGGCCAAGCUCCUCGACACCAUCGCCUUCGCGCCGUCGGCGGCGGAUGAAGCCUCGGCGACCACGGCGGCGGCGCCAAAGGGCCUGCCCAACACGGAGCCCAUCUCGCCGACCAAGCCGGCGCGGUGCCUGAUCCUUCUGACGCCCGCCGGCGUACCCGCCGGCAUUGCCCUCUACUUCUACAACUACAGCACGUGGCGUGCGCGGGCCGGCAUCUACCUCGAGGACCUAUACGUCAAGCAGAGCGAGCGCAAGCACGGUUACGGGAAGCGCCUGCUGGUCGAGCUGGCCAAGGAGGUGGUGGCCAUGGAGGGCGGACGGCUUGAGUGGAGCGUGCUCAAGUGGAACACGCCGUCGAUCCAGUUCUACGAGAGCAUUGGCGCUCGCAUGAUGAGCGAAUGGGUGGGCAUGCGCGUCGAUGGCGACGGCCUUACAAAGCUGGCCUCGCUGCUGGACUGA